AUGGCUCAAGACGAUCUCAUCGACUUUGAACUCUUCAGAUAUACCCCGUCCCAAGCCGCCGCGGGACUAUUCGCCGGGUUAUUCUUCAUCACAACCCUUUUCCACCUCUACCAGGUCUACAAGUCGCGAGCAUGGUACUUUAUACCAUUCGUCGUCGGAGGAGUCUUCCAAGUUGUCGGCUACCUCGUCCGCAUCCCGGCACAUUCUAACCCCGAGUCCGUCCCGGUCUUCGCGCUUCAGGCUCUCCUCAUCCUCCUCGCACCCCCUCUCUACGCUGCGUCGAUAUACAUGGUUCUCGGGCGCUUGAUCCAAUUCCUAGGCGCCGAGCACCUCAGUCUGAUCCGUGUGAACUGGAUGACCAAGAUCUUCGUCACGGGCGAUGUUAUUGCUUUCCUUGCGCAGGCUGCUGGUGGAGGACUCAUGGCCUCCGACAACGGCAACAGCUUCAAGACCGGCGAAAGAAUCACAAUCGGCGGUCUAGCCGUGCAACUCGUCUUCUUCACCGUCUUCAUGGUCUCCUGCGGCGUCUUCCACUUCCGGAUCCGAAAGGCCCCCACGCCUGAGGUCGAAUCGCUCGCCGGAGGAGUCGUCAGCCCCCGCGAGAAACAGCAGGGUACAGCUCGUCGACGACUCUUUGGAGUGUCUUGGGAAUCCAUCAUCGUGGGACUGUACAUCGCCAGCGUCCUCAUCCUUAUUCGCUCGAUCUUCCGUCUUGUCGAGUAUGUCCAGGGGAACGAUGGGUAUUUGAUUAGCCAUGAGGUGUUUCCGUAUGUGUUUGAUGGGGCCUUGAUGUUCUUCGCCAUGGUGGUUAUGAACUUCUGCCAUCCCAGUCGGGUGCUUGGGGCACAGGGGAAGGGGGCUGAUGUUGAGAGCGGAAGUCUCGGGUCGUCGGUGACAGCGACUGGGGGUCGGACAUGA